ACGGCUCCUCCUACAACAACCACCACUGCCCAACCGACCACCACCACCACCACCACGGCUCCUCCGACAACAACCACCACUGCCCCACCGAGCACCACCACCACAGAUCCUACUACAACAACCACCACUGCCCAACCGACCACCACCACCACGGCUCCUCCGACAACAACCAGCACUGCCCCACCAACCACCACCACCACAGAUCCUACUACAACAACCACCACUGCCCAACCGACCACCACCACCAUCACCACGGCACCUCUUACAACAACCACCACUGCCCCACCGACCACCACUACGGCUCCUCCUACAACAACCACCACUGCCCAACCGACCACCACCACCACCACGGCUCCUCUGACAACAACCACCACUGACCCAGCGACCACCACCACAACAGCUGCUCCGACAACAACCACCACUGCCCAACCGACCACCACCACCACCACCACGGCUCCUCCGACAACAACCACCACUGCCCCACCGAGCACCACCACCACAGAUCCUACUACAACAACCACCACUGCCCAACCGACCACCACCACCACGGCUCCUCCGACAACAACCAGCACUGCCCCACCGACCACCACCACCACAGAUCCUACUACAACAACCACCACUGCCCAAACGACCACCACCACCAUCACCACGGCUCCUCUUACAACAACCACCACUGCCCCACCGACCACCACUACGGCUCCUCCUACAACAAACACCACUGCCCAACCGACCACCACCACCACCACGGCUCCUCUGACAACAACCACCACUGACCCAGCGACCACCACCACAACAGCUGCUCCGACAACAACCACCACUGCCCAACCGACCACCACCACCACCACGGCUCCUCUGACAAGAACCACCACUGACACAGUGACCACCACCACAACAGCUGCUCCGACAACAACCACCACUGCCCCACCGACCACCACCACGGCUCCUCCUGCAACAACCACCACUGCCCAACCGACCACCUCCACCACGACCACGGCUCCUCUAACAACAACAACCACUGCCCCACCGACCACCACGACCACGGCUCCACUGACAACAACCACUACUGCCCCAACAACCACCACCACCGCGGCUCCUCCGACAACAACCACCACAACCACCACUGCCCCACCGACCACCACGACUCCUCCUACAACAACUACCCCUGCCCCACCGACCACCACCAUGGCUCCUCCUACAACAACCACCACUGCCCCACCGACCACUACCACAACGGCACCUCCCACGACCACCACUGCCCCACCGACCACCAGCACGGCUCCUCCUACAACAACCACCACUACCCAACCGACAACCACCACCACCACGGCUCCUCCUACAACAACCACCACUGCCCCACCGACCACCACCACCACGGCUCCUCCGACAACAACCACCACUGCCCCACUGACCACCAUCACCACCACCACCACGGCUCCUCCUACAACAAUUACCACUGCCCAAACGACCACCACCACAAGAGCUGCUCCGACAACAACCACCACUACCCCACCGACCACCACCACGGCUCCUCCUGCAACAACCACCACUGCCCCACCGACCACCUCCACCACCACCACCACCACGGCUACUCUGACAACAACUACCACUGACCCACCUACCACCACGACAACGGCUCCUCCGACAACAACCACCACUGCCCCACCGACCACCAGCACGGCUCCUCCUACAACAACCACCACUACCCAACCGACAACCACCACAACGGCUGCUCCGACAACAACCACCACUGCCCCACCGACCACCACCACAACGGCUGCUCCGACAACAACCACCACUGACCCACCGACCACCGCCUCCACGGCUCCUCCUACAACAAUCACCCCUGCCCCACCGACCACCACCACGGCUCCUCCUACAACAACCACCACUGCCCCACCGACCACCACCACCACAGAUCCUACUACAACAACCACCACUGCCCAACCGACAACCACCACCACCACGGCUCCUCCGACAACAACCACCACUGCCCCAACGACCAUCACCACCACAGAUCCUACUACAACAACCACCACGGCACAACCAACCACCACCACCACGGCUCCUCCGACAACAACCACCACUGCCCCACCGACCACCACUACGGCUCCUCCUACAACAACCACUGCCCAACCGACCACCACCACCACCACGGCUCCUCUGACAACAACCACCACUGACCCAGCGACCACCACCACAACAGCUGCUCCGACAACAACCACCACUGCCCCACCGACCACCACCACGGCUCCUCUGACAAAAACCACCACUGCCCAACCGACCACCUCCACCACCACCACGACCACGGCUCCUCUGACAACAACCACCACUGCCCCACCGACCACCACGACCACGGCUCCUCCGACAACAACCACCACUGCCCCAACAACCACCACCACCACGGCUCCUCCUACAACAACCACCACUGCCCUACCGACCACCACCACGGCUCCUCCUACAACAACCACCACUGCCCAACCGACCACCACCACCACGGCUCCUCCGACAACAACCACCACUGCCCCACCGAGCACCACCGCCACAGAUCCUACUACAACAACCACCACUGCCCAACCGACCACCACCACCACGGCUCCUCCGACAACAACCACCACUGCCCCACCGACCACCACCACCACAGAUCCUACUACAACAACCACCACUGCCCAACCGACCACCACCACCAUCACCACGGCUCCUCUUACAACAACCACCACUGCCCCACCGACCACCACUACGGCUCCUCCUACAACAACCACCACUGCCCAACCGACCACCACCACCACCACGGCUCCUCUGACAACAACCACCACUGACCCAGCGACCACCACCACAACAGCUGCUCCGACAACAACCACCACUGCCCAACCGACCACCACCACCACCACGGCUCCUCUGACAACAACCACCACUGCCCCACCGACCACCACGACCACGGCUCCUCCGACAACAACCACUACUGCCCCAACAACCACCACCACCGCGGCUCCUCCGACAACAACCACCACAACCACCACUGCCCCACCGACCACCACGACUCCUCCUACAACAACUACCCCUGCCCCACCGACCACCACCAUGGCUCCUCCUACAACAACCACCACUGACCCACCGACCACUACCACAACGGCACCUCCCACGACCACCACUGCCCCACCGACCACCAGCACGGCUCCUCCUACAACAACCACCACUACCCAACCGACAACCACCACCACCACGGCUCCUCCUACAACAACCACCACUGCCCCACCGACCACCACCACCACGGCUCCUCCGACAACAACCACCACUGCCCCACUGACCACCAUUACCACCACCACCACGGCUCCUCCUACAACAAUUACCACUGCCCAAACGACCACCACCACAACAGCUGCUCCGACAACAACCACCACUACCCCACCGACCACCACCACGGCUCCUCCUGCAACAACCACCACUGCCCCACCGACCACCUCCACCACCACCACCACCACGGCUCCUCUGACAACAACUACCACUGACCCACCUACCACCACGACCACGGCUCCUCCGACAACAACCACCACUGCCCCACCGACCACCAGCACGGCUCCUCCUACAACAACCACCACUACCCAACCGACAACCACUACCACCACCACGGCUCCUCCUACAACAACCACCACUGCCCCACCGACCACCACCACCACGGCUACUCCGACAACAACCACCACUGAUCCAGCAACCACCACCACAACAGCUGCUCCGACAACAACCACCACUGCCCCACCGACCACCACCACCACGGCUCCUCCGACAACAACCACCACUGCCCCACCGACCACCACGACUCCUCCUUCAACAACUACCCCUGCCCCACCAACCACCACCACAACAGCUGCUCCGACAACAACCACCCCUGCCCCAGCGACCACCACCAUGGCUCCUCCUAUAACAACCACCACUGCCCCACCGACCACUACCACAACGGCACCUCCCACGACCACCACUGCCCCACCGACCACCACCACAACGGCUCCUCCGACAACAACCACCACUGCCCAACUGACCACCAUGACCACCACCACCACGGCUCCUCCUACAACAAUUACCACUGCCCAAACGACCACCACCACGACAGCUGCUCUGACAACAACCACCACUGCCCCACCGACCACCAACAUGACGGGUCCUCCGACAACAACCACCACUGCCCGACCGACCGCCACCACAACAGCUGUUCCGACAACAACCACCCCUGCCCCACCGGCCACCACCACGGCUCCUCUUACAACAACCACCACUCCCCAAACGACCACCACCACCACCACCACGGCUCCUCUGACAACAACCACCACUGCCCAACCGACCACCAACACCACGGCUCCUCCGACAACAACCACCACUGCCCCACCGACCACCACCACCACAGAUCCUACUACAACAACCACCACUGCCCAACCGACCACCACCACCAUCACCACGGCUCCUCUUACAACAACCACCACUGCCCCACCGACCACCACUACCGACCACCAACACAACAGCUGCUCCGACAACAACCACCACUGCCCCACCGACCACCACCAUGGCUCCUCCUGCAACAACCACCACUGCCCCACCGACCACGGCUUCUCCGACAACAACCACUACUGCCCCAACAACCACCACCACCGCGGCUCCUCCGACAACAACCACCACAACCACCACUGCCCCACCGACCACCACGACUCCUCCUACAACAACUACCCCAGCCCCACCGACCACCACCAUGGCUCCUCCUACAACAACCACCACUGCCCCACCGACCACUACCACAACGGCACCUCCCACGACCACCACUGCCCCACCGACCACCACUCCUCCGACAACAACCACCACUGCCCCACCGACCACCAGCACGGCUCCUCCUACAACAACCACCACUACCCAACCGACAACCACCACCACCACCACGGCUCCUCCUACAACAACCACCACUGCCCCACCGACCACCACCAGCACGGCUCCUCCGACAACAACAACCACUGCCCCACCGACCACCACGACUCCUCCUUCAACAACUACCCCUGCCCCACCGACCACCACCACAACAGCUGCUCCGACAACAAGCACCCCUGCCCCAGCGACCACCACCAUGGCUCAUCCUAUAACAACCACCACUGCGCCACCGACCACUACCACAAUGGCACCUCCCUCGACCACCACUGCCCCACCGACCACCACCACAACGGCUCCUCCGACAACAACCACUACUGCCCCACUGACCACCAUGACCACCACCACCACGGCUCCUCCAACAACAAUUACCACUGCCCAAACGACCACCACCACGACAGCUGCUCUGACAACAACCACCACUGCCCCACCGACCACCACCACGACGGGUCCUCCGACAACAACCACCACUGCCCCACCGACCGCCACCACAACAGCUGUUCCGACAACAACCACCCCUGCCCCACCGGCCACCACCACGGCUCCUCCUACAACAACCACCACUCCCCAACCGACCACCACCACCACGGCUCCUCUGACAACAACCACCACUGCCCCACCGACCACCACCACCACGGCUCCUCCGACAACAACCACCACUGCCCCAAUCACCACUGCAACAACGGCACCUACAACAAUCACCCCUACCCCACCGACCACCAUCACGGCUCCUCCUACAACAACAACCACCACGGCCCAACCAACCACCACCACCACGGCUCCUCCAACAACAACCACGCCUGCACCACCGACCGCCACCACCACGGCUCCUCCUACAACAACCACCACUCCCCAACCGACGACCACCACCACCACCACGGCUCCUCUAACAACAACCACCACUGCCCCGCCGACCACCACCACGCAACCACCACUGCCCCACCGACCACCACCACGACUCCUCCGACACCAACCACCACUGCCCAACCGACCACCAUCACCACCACCACCACGGCUCCUCCUACAACAACGACCACUGCCCAACAAACCACCAUCACCACCACCACCACGGCUCCUCCUACAACAACGACCACUGCCCAACAAACCACCAUCACCACCCCCACCACGGCUCCUGUGACAACAACCACCACUGCCCCAACGACCACCACCACCACGGCUCCUCCUACAACAACCACCACUGCCCCAGCUACCACCACCACAACAGCUGCUCCGACAACAACCACCCCUGCCCCACCGACCACCACCACGGCUACUCCUACAACAACAACCACUGCACAACCGACCACCACCACCACGGCUCCACUGACAACAACCACCACUGCCCCACCGACCACCACCACGGCUCCUCCUACAACAAGCACCACUACCCAACCGACAACCACCACCACCACCACGGCUCCUCCUAAAACAACCACCACAGCCCCAGCGACCACCACCACAACAGCUGCUCCGACAACAACCACCACUGCCCCACCGACCACCACCACGACUCCACCUACAACAACCACCACUGCUCAACCGACUACCACCACCACCACCACGGCUCCUCUGACAACAACCACCACUGCCCCACCGACCACCACCACGGCUCCUCUGACAACAACCACCACUGCCCCAACGACCACAACCACAACAGCUGCUCCGACUACAACCACCACUGCCCAACCGACCACCACUACCACCACCACGGUUCCUCUGACAACAGCCACCACAGUCCCAACGACCACCACCCCCACGGUUCCUCUGACAACAACCACCACUACCCCACCGACGACUACCACAACGGCACCUCCCACGACCACCACUUCCCAACCGACCACCACCACCACGGCUCCUCCUACAACAACCACCACAGCCCCAGCGACCACCACCACAACAGCUGCUCCGACAACAACCACCCCUGCCCAACCGACCACCACCACGGCUGCUCCGACAACAACCACCAUUGCCCAACCGAUAACCACCACCACCACCACGGCUCCUCCUACAACAACCACCACUGCCCCAUCGACCACCAGCACGGCUCCUCCUACAACAACCACCACUGCCCAACCGACAACCACCACCACCACGGCUCCUCUGACAACAACCACCACUGCCCCACCGACCACCACCACCACGGCUCCUCUUACAACAACCACCACUGCCCCACCGACCACCACCACCACGACGACUCCUACAACGACCACACCUACCCCACCGACCAACACCACAACAGCUGCUCCGACAACAACCACCCCUGCCCCAGCGACUACCACCACGGCUCCUCCUACAACAGCCACCACUACCCCACCGACCACUACCACAACGACACCUCUCACGACCACCACUGCCCCACCGACCACAACCACCACGGGUCCUCUGACAACAACCACCACUGCCCCACCGACAACCACCACCACGACUCCUCCUACAACAACCACCCCUGCCCAACCGACCACCACCACGGCUACUCCGCCAACAACCACCAUUGCCCAACCGACCACCACCACCACGGCUCCUCCUACAACAACCACCACUGCCCCACCGACCACCAGCACGGCUCCUCCUACAACAACCACCACUGCCCAACAGACAACCACCACCACGGCUCCUCUGACAACAACCACCACUGCCCCACCGACCACCACCACCACGGCUCCUCUUACAACAACCACCACUGCCCCACCGACCACCACCACCACCACGACUCCUACAACAACCACCCCUACCCCACCGACCACCACCACAACAGCUGCUCCGACAACAACCACCCCUGCCCCAGCGACUACCACCACGGCUCCUCCUACAACAACCACAACUACCCCACCGACCACUACCACAACGGCACCUCCCACGACCACCACUGCCCAACCGACAACCACCACCACCACCACGACGACUCCUACAACAACCACCCCUACCCCACCGACCACCACCACCACGGGCACGGCUCCUCCUACAACAACCACCACUGCCCAACAAACCACCAUCACCACCACCACCACGGCUCCUGUGACAACAACUACCACUGCCCCACCGGCCACCACCACGGCUCCUCUGACAACAGCCACCACAGUCCCAACGACGACCACACCCACGGUUCCUCUGACAACAACCACCACUGCCCAACCAACCACCACCACCACCACGGCUCCUCCUACAACAACCACCACUGCCAAACCGACCACCAGCACGGCUCCUCCUACACAAACAACCACUGCCCAACCGACAACCACCACCACCACCAGGGCUCCUCUGACAACAACCACCACUGCCCCACCGACCACCACCACCACGAGCCCCAACGACCACCACGACCACCAUUUCUCCUCCUACAACAACCACCACUGCCCCACCGACCACCACGACCACGGCUCCUCCGACAACAACCACCACUGCCCCACCGACCACCACCACGGCUCCUCCUACAACAACCACCACUCUGCUCCGACAACAACCACCACUGCCCAACCGACCACCACCACGGCUGCUCCGACAACAACCACCAUUGCCCAACCGACAACCACCACCACCACCACCACGGCUCCUCUGACAACAACCACCACUGCCCCACCGACCACCACCACCACGGCUCCUCUUACAACAACCACCACUGCCCCACCGACCACCACCACCACGACGACUCCUACAACGACCACACCUACCCCACCGACCACCACCACAAUAGCUGCUCCGACAACAACCACCCCUGCCCCAGCGACUACCACCACGGCUCCUCCUACAACAGCCACCACUACCCCACCGACCACUACCACAGCGGCACCUCCCACGACCACCACUGCCCCACCGACCACCACCACCACGGGUCCUCUGACAACAACCACCACUGCCCCACCGACAACCACCACCACCACCACGACUCCUCCUACAACAACCACCCCCGCCCAACCGACCACCACCACGGCUGCUCCGCCAACAACCACCAUUGCCCAACCGACCACCACCACCACCACCAUGGCUCCUCCUACAACAACCACCACUGCCCCACCGACCACCAGCACGGCUCCUCCUACAACUACCACCACUGCCCCACCGACCACCACCACCACGACGACUCCUACAACAACCACCCCUACCCCACCGACCACCACCACAACAGCUGCUCCUACAGCAACCACCACUGCCCCAGCUUCCACCACCACCACGGCUGCUCCGACAACAACCACCAUUGCCCAACCGACCACCACCACGGCUCCUCCUACAACAACCACCACUGCCCAACCGACAACCACCACCACCACCACGGCUCCUCUGACAACAACUACCACUGCCCCACCGACCACCACCACCACAACUCCUCCUACAUCAACCACCACUGCCCAACCGACCACCAUCACCACCACGGCUCCUCCUACAACAACCACCACUGCCCAACAAACCACCAUCACCACCACCACCACGGCUCCUGUGACAACAACUACCACUGCCCCACCGACCACCACCACAACAGCUGCUCCGACAACAACCACCCCUGCCCCAGCGACUACCACCACGGCUCCUCCUACAACAACCACCACUACCCCACCGACCACUACCACAACGGCACCUCCCACGACCACCACUGCCCCACCGACCACCACCACCACGGCUCCUCCUACAACAACCACCACUACUCAACCGACUACCACCACCACCACCACCUCCACGGCUCCUCUGACAACAACCACCACUGCCCCACCGACCACCACCACGGCUCCUGUGACAACAACUACCACUGCCCCACCGGCCACCACCACGGCUCCUCUGACAACAGCCACCACAGUCCCAACGACCACCACCCCCACGGUUCCUCUGACAACAACCACCACUGCCCAACCGACCACCACCACGGCUCCUCCUACAACAACGACCACUGCCCCACCGACCACGAGCACGGCUCCUCCUACAACAACCACCACUGCCCAACCGACAACCACCACCACCACCACGGCUCCUCUGACAACAACAACCAGAGCCCCAAUGACCACCACCACCACGGCUCCUCUGACAACAACCACCACUGCCCCAACGACCACCACGGCUCCUCCUACAACAACCACCACUGCCCCAGCUACCACCACCACAACAGCUGCUCCGACAACAACCACCCCUGCCCCACCGACCACCACCACGGCUCCUCCUACAACAACCACCACAGCCCCAGCGACCACCACAACAACAUCUGCUCCGACAACAACCACCACUGCCCAACCGACCACCACCACGGCUGCUCCGACAACAACCACCAUUGCCCAACCGACCACCACCACCACCACGGCUCCUCCUACAACAACCACCACUGCCCAACCGACAACCACGACCACCACCACGGCUCCUCUGACAACAACUACCACUGCCCCACCGACCACCACCACCACGACUCCUCCUACAACAACCACCACUGCCCAACCGACCACCAUCACCACCACGGCUCCUCCUACAACAACCACCACUGCCCAACAAACCACCAUCACCACCACCACCACGGCUGCUGUGACAACAACUACCACUGCCCCACUGACCACCACCACAACAGCUGCUCCGACAACAACCACCCCUGCCCCAGCGACUACCACCACGGCUCCUCCUACAACAACCACCACUGCCCAACCGACCACCAGCACGGCUCCUCCUACAACAACCACCACUGCCCAACCGACAACCACCACCACCACCACGGCUCCUCUGACAACAACCACCACUGCCCCACCGACCACCACCACGACGGGUCCUAGGACAACAACCACCAGAGCCCCAACGACCACCAUUUCUCCUCCUACAACAACCACCACUGCCCCACCGACCACCACGACCACGGCUCCUCCGACAACAACCACCACUGCCCCACCGACCACCACCACGGCUCCUCCUACAACAACCACCACUGCUCAACCGACUACCACCACCACCACCACGGCUCCUCUUACAACAACCACCACUGCCCCACCGACCACCACCACGGCUCCUCUGACAACAACCACCACUGCCCCAACGACCACAACCACAACAGCUGCUCCGACAACAACCACCACUGCCCAACCGACCACCACUACAACCACCACGGUUCCUCUGACAACAGCCACCACAAUCCCAACGACCACCACCCCCACGGUUCCUCUGACAACAACCACCACUACCCCACCGACGACUACCACAACGGCACCUCCCACGACCACCACUUCCCCACCGACCACCACCACCACGGCUCCUCCUACAACAACCACCACAGCCCCAGCGACCACCACCACAACAGCUGCUCCGACAACAACCACCCCUGCCCAACCGACCACCACCACGGCUGCUCCAACAACAACCACCAUUGCCCAACCGACAACCACCACCACCACCACCACGGCUCCUCUUACAACAACCACCACUGCCCCACCGACCACCACCACCACCACGACUCCUACAACAACCACCCUUACCCCAACGACCACCACCACAACAGCUGCUCCGACAACAACCACCCCUGCCCCAGCGACUACCACCACGGCUCCUACAACAACCACCACUACCCCACCUACCACUACCACAACGGCACCUCCCACGACCACCACUGCCCCACCGACCACCACCACCACGGGUCCUCUGACAACAACCACCACUGCCCCACCGACCACCACGAAUCCUCCUACAACAAACACCACUGCCCAACCGACCACCACCACCACCACCACGGCUCCUCCGACAACAACCACCACAGCCCGAGCGACCACCACCACAACAGCUGCUCCGACAACAACCACCACUACCCAACCGACAACCACCACCACCACCACGGCUCCUCCUACAACAACCACCACUGGCCCACCGACCACCACUACCACCACCACGGUUCCUCUGACAACAACCACCACAGUCCCAACGACCACCAACCGCACGGUUCCUCUGACAACAACCACCACUACCCCACCGACCACUACCACAACGGCACCUCCCACGAUCACCACCACGGCUCCUCCUACAACAACCACCACUGCCCCAGCGACCACCACCACAACAGCUGCUCCGACAACAACCACCCCUGCCCCACCGACCACCACCACGGCUCCUCCUACAACAACAACCACUGCACAACCGACCACCACCACGGCUCCACUGCCAACAACCACCACUGCACCACCGACCACCACCACGGCUCCUCCUACAACAACCACCACAGCCCGAGCGACCACCACCACAACAGCUGCUCCGACAACAACCACCACUACCCAACCGACAACCACCACCACGGCUCCUCCUACAACAACCACCACUGCCCCACCGACCACCACUACACCGACCACCACCACCACCACCACCACGGCUCCUCCGACAACAACCACCACUGCCCCAACGACCACCACCACCACGGCUCCUCCUACAACAACCACCACUGCCCCAGCGACCACCACCACAACAGCUGCUCCGACAACAACCACCCCUGCCCCACCGACCACCACCACGGCUCCUCCUACAACAACAACCACUGCACAACCGACCACCACCACGGCUCCACUGACAACAACCACCACUGCACCACCGACCACCACCACGGCUCCUCCUACAACAACCACCACAGCCCGAGCGACCACCACCACAACAGCUGCUCCGACAACAACCACCACUACCCAACCGACAACCACCACCACGGCUCCUCCUACAACAACCCCCACUGCCCCACCGACCACCACUACCACCACCACCGUUCCUCUGACAAUAACCACCACAGUCCCAGCGACCACCACCCCCACGGUUCCUCUGACAACAACCACCACUACCCCACCGACCACUACCACAACGGCACCUCCCACGACCACCACUUCCCAACCGACCGCCACCACCACGGCUCCUCCUACAACAACCACCACAGCCCCAGCGACCACCACCACAACAGCUGCUCCGACAACAACCACCCCUGCCCAAACGACCACCACCACGGCUGCUCCGACAACAACCACCACAGCCCAAUCGACCACCACCACGCACGGCUCGUCCUACAACAACCACCACUGCCCAACCGACAACCACCACCACCACGGCUCCUCUGACAACAACCACCACUGCCCCACCAACCACCACCACCACGGCUCCUCUUACAACAACCACCACUGCCCCACCAACCACCAACACCACGACGACUCCUACAACAACCACUGCCCAACAAACCACCAUCACCACCACCACCACGGCUCCUGUAACAACAACUACCACUGCCCCACCGACCACCACCACAACAGCUGCUCCGACAACAACCACCCCUGCCCCAGCGACUACCACCACGGCUCCUCCUACAACAACCACCACUGCCCCACCAACCACCACCACCACGGCUCCUCCUACAACAACCACCACUGCCCAACCGACCACCAUCACCACCACCAACACGGUUCCUCUUACAACAUCCACCACUGCCCAACAGACCACCAUCACCACCACCACCACGGCUCCUGUGACAACAACUACCACUGCCCCACCGGCCACCACCACGGCUCCUCCUACAACAACCACCACUGCCCAACCGACCACCACCACCACAGCUCCUCUGACAACAACCACCACUGCCCCAACGACCACAACCACCACGGCUCCUCCUACAACAACCACCACUGCCCCAGCUACCACCACCACAACAGCUGCUCCGACAACAACCACCCCUGCCCCACCGACCACCACCACGGCUCCUCCUACAACAACAACCACUGCACAACCGACCACCACCACGACCACGGCUCCACUGACAACAACCACCACUGCCCCACCGACCACCAGCACGGCUCCUCCUACAACAACCACCACUGCCCCACCGACCACCACCACCACGGCUCCUCCGAUUACAACCACCACUGCCCCACCGACCACCACGACUCCUCCUACAACAACUACCCCUGCCCCACAGACCACCACAACAGGUGCUCCGACAACAACCAUCCCUGCCCCAGCGACCACCACCAUGGCUCCUCCUACAACAACCACCACUGCCCCACCGACCACUACCACAACGGCACCUCCCACGACAACAACUGCCCCACCGAUCACCACCACCACGGCUCCUCCGACAACAACCAACACUGCCCCACCGACCACCACCACAACGGCUCCUCCGACAACAACCACCACUGCCCCACUGACCACCAUCACCACCACGGCUCCUCCUACAACAAUUACCACUGCCCAAAUGACCACCACCACGACAGCUGCUCUGACAACAACCACCACUGCCCCACCGACCACCACCACCACCAUUUCUCCUCCUACAACAACCACCACUGCUCAACCGACCACCACCACCACAACGGCUCCUCCGACAACAACCACACCUGCCCCACCGACCCCCACCACCACGGCUCCUCCUACAACAACCACCACUGCCCCACCGACCACCACCACGCGACCACCACCACAACAGCUGCUCCGACAACAACCACCCCUGCCCCACCAACCACCACCACGGCUCCUCCUACAACAACAACCACUGCACAACCGACCACCACCACCACCACGGCUCCACUGACAACAACCACCACUGCCCCACCGACCACCAGCACGGCUCCUCCUACAACAACCACCACUGCUCAACCGACCACCACCACCACGGCUCCUCUGACAACAACCACCACUGCCCCAACGACCACCUCCUCGGCUCCUCUGACAACAACCACCACUGCCCCAAUGACCACAACCACAACAGCUGCUCCGACAACAACCACCACUGCCCAACCGACGACCACUACCACCACCACGGUUCCUCUGACAACAACCACCACAGUCCCAACGACCACCACCCCCACGGUUCCUCUGACAACAACCACCACUUCCCAACCGACCACCACCACGGCUCCUCCUACAACAACCACCACUGCCCCACCGACCACCAGCACGGCUCCUCCUACAACAACCACCACUGCCCAACCGACAACCACCACCACGGCUCCUCUGACAACAACCACCCCUGCCCCAGCGACUACCACCACUACCCCACCGACCACCACCACCACCACCACCACGGGUCCUCUGACAACAACCACCACUGCCCCACCGACCACCACCACAACGGCACCAACUACAACCACCACUUCCCCACCGACCAGCACGGCUGCUCCGACAACAACCACCACUGCCCCAACAACCACCACCACAACGGCACCAACUACAACCACCACUUCCCCACCGACCACCACCACGGCUGCUCCUACAACAACCACCAGUACCCCACCAACCACCACGGCUCCUCCUACAACAACAAACCCUGCCCCACCGACCACCACCACGGCUCCUCCGACAACAACCACCACUGCCCCACAACCCACCACGCCUUCUCCAACAACAACCACCACUGCCCCACCGACAAACACCACCACCACGGCUCCUCCGACAACCACCACCACUGCCCCACCGACCACCACCACCACCACCACGGCUCGACUGACAACCACCACCCCUACCCCACCGACCACCACAGGUCCUACUACAAUAAACACCACUGCCCCAACGACCACAACCACCAUGGCUCCUCCUACAACAAACACCACUGCCCCACCGACCACAACCACCAUGGCUCCUCCUACAACAACCACCACUGCCCCACCGACCACCACCAUGGCUCCUCCUACAACAACCACCACCACUGCCCAACCGACCACCACCACCACGGUUCCUCUGACAACAACCACCACUGCCCCAACGACCACCACGGUUCCUCUGACAACAAUCACCACUACCCCAACGACCACAACGGCACCUCCCACGACCACCACUGCCCCACCAACCACCAGCACGGCUCCUCCUACAACAACCACCACUGCCCAACCGACAACCACCACGACCACGGCUCCUCCUACAACAACCACCACUGCCCAACCGACCACCACCACCACCACGGCUCCUCCGACAACAACCACACCUGCCCCACCGACCCCCACCACCACGGCUCCUCCUACAACAACCACCACUGCCCAACCAACGACCACCACCACCGCGGCUCCUCUGACAACAACCACCACUGCCCCGCCAACCACCACCACGGCUCCGACUACAACAACCACCACUACCCCACCGACCACUACCACAACGGCACCUCCCACGACCACCACCACCACCACCACGGUUGCUCUGACAAAAACCACCACUGCCCCAGCGACCACCACCACAACAGCUGCUCCGACAACAACCACCCCUGCCCCACCGACCACCACCACGGCUCCUCCUACAACAACAACCACUGCACAACCGACCACCACCACCACCACGGCUCCACUGACAACAACCACCACUGCCCCACCGACCACCAGCACGGCUCCUCCUACAACAACCACCACUGCUCAACCGACCACCACCACCACGGCUCCUCUGACAACAACCACCACUGCCCCAACGACCACCUCCUCGGCUCCUCUGACAACAACCACCACUGCCCCAAUGACCACAACCACAACAGCUGCUCCGACAACAACCACCACUGCCCAACCGACGACCACUACCACCACCACGGUUCCUCUGACAACAACCACCACAGUCCCAACGACCACCACCCCCACGGUUCCUCUGACAACAACCACCACUUCCCAACCGACCACCACCACGGCUCCUCCUACAACAACCACCACUGCCCCACCGACCACCAGCACGGCUCCUCCUACAACAACCACCACUGCCCAACCGACAACCACCACCACGGCUCCUCUGACAACAACCACCCCUGCCCCAGCGACUACCACCACUACCCCACCGACCACCACCACCACCACCACCACGGGUCCUCUGACAACAACCACCACUGCCCCACCGACCACCACCACAACGGCACCAACUACAACCACCACUUCCCCACCGACCAGCACGGCUGCUCCGACAACAACCACCACUGCCCCAACAACCACCACCACAACGGCACCAACUACAACCACCACUUCCCCACCGACCACCACCACGGCUGCUCCUACAACAACCACCAGUACCCCACCAACCACCACGGCUCCUCCUACAACAACAAACCCUGCCCCACCGACCACCACCACGGCUCCUCCGACAACAACCACCACUGCCCCACAACCCACCACGCCUUCUCCAACAACAACCACCACUGCCCCACCGACAAACACCACCACCACGGCUCCUCCGACAACCACCACCACUGCCCCACCGACCACCACCACCACCACCACGGCUCGACUGACAACCACCACCCCUACCCCACCGACCACCACAGGUCCUACUACAAUAAACACCACUGCCCCAACGACCACAACCACCAUGGCUCCUCCUACAACAAACACCACUGCCCCACCGACCACAACCACCAUGGCUCCUCCUACAACAAACACCACUGCCCCACCGACCACAACCACCAUGGCUCCUCCUACAACAACCACCACUGCCCAACCGACAACCACCACGACCACGGCUCCUCCUACAACAACCACCACUGCCCCACCGACCACCACCACGGCUCCUCCUACAACAACCACCACUGCCCCACCGACCACCAGCACGGCUCCUCCUACAACAACCACCACUGCCCAACCGACAACCACCACCACGGCUCCUCUGACAACAACCACCCCUGCCCCAGCGACUACCACCACUACCCCACCGACCACCACCACCACCACCACCACGGGUCCUCUGACAACAACCACCACUGCCCCACCGACCACCACCACAACGGCACCAACUACAACCACCACUUCCCCACCGACCAGCACGGCUGCUCCGACAACAACCACCACUGCCCCAACAACCACCACCACAACGGCACCAACUACAACCACCACUUCCCCACCGACCACCACCACGGCUGCUCCUACAACAACCACCAGUACCCCACCAACCACCACGGCUCCUCCUACAACAACAAACCCUGCCCCACCGACCACCACCACGGCUCCUCCGACAACAACCACCACUGCCCCACAACCCACCACGCCUUCUCCAACAACAACCACCACUGCCCCACCGACAAACACCACCACCACGGCUCCUCCGACCACCACCACCACUGCCCCACCGACCACCACCACCACCACCACGGCUCGACUGACAACCACCACCCCUACCCCACCGACCACCACAGGUCCUACUACAAUAAACACCACUGCCCCAACGACCACAACCACCAUGGCUCCUCCUACAACAAACACCACUGCCCCACCGACCACAACCACCAUGGCUCCUCCUACAACAAACACCACUGCCCCACCGACCACAACCACCAUGGCUCCUCCUACAACAACCACCACUGCCCCACCGACCACAACCACCAUGGCUCCUCCUACAACAACCACCACCACUGCCCAACCGACCACCACCACCACGGUUCCUCUGACAACAACCACCACUGCCCCAACGACCACCACGGUUCCUCUGACAACAAUCACCACUACCCCAACGACCACAACGGCACCUCCCACGACCACCACUGCCCCACCAACCACCAGCACGGCUCCUCCUACAACAACCACCACUGCCCAACCGACAACCACCACGACCACGGCUCCUCCUACAACAACCACCACUGCCCCACCGACCACCACCACGGCUCCUCCUACAACAACCACCACUGCCCCACCGACCACCACCACGGCUCCUCCUACAACCACCACCACUGGCCAACCGACCACCACCACCACCACCACGGUUCCUCUGACAACAAUCACCACAACGGCUCCUUCAGCAACAACAACCACCAGAUAUGUUGUUUUCAGAUCCCUUCAAAGCAGUUUUACCAAGGACUUGUCGAAUUCAUCAUCUGAUGCUUUUAAAGACCGAUCUUUAUCUAUAAAGACACAGAUUGAACCUGCUUACAAAAACUCGUUCCCUUCCUUUUUCUCCUUGGCCAUUGUGAGCUUCAGUGAUCCCAACAACUACCACGGUGUCUCCAACAACAACAACAACAACAUCUCCUCCCACAACUACCACCACAGCUACAACAACUACCACAGUAGUACCCACAACAACAUCUGCUCCAACAACUACCACCACAACUACCACCACAGCUCCAACAACAACAACAUCUGCUCCCACAACUACCACCACAGCUCCAACAACAACAUCUGCUCCCACAACUACCAUGACAGCUACAACAACUGCCACAGUAGUGCCCACAAAAACAACAUCUGCUCCAACAACUACCAAAGCACCUCCAACAACCACUACUAUUGCUUUAAGUAG